AUGGCUCUACUAAUAAAUAAAGCCAAUCUCCAAGCCAGCGAUAUUCCAAUUAUUGCGUCGCGCAUGGCACAUCCAAUUGCGUUUCAUGACGCACCCAUGUCUCCGCUUAGUGGAGGCCUAAACGACGACCUACUUGCUGCACUGGACGAGAUGCUAGGCGUUACUUCGGACGCACCUUCGACGCUUGAUCCCUUAUCGCUGGACACAAAUGUCCCUGCCGAAGUCUAUGAAAAAUCAAAGUUACCACAUUUGUACGACAAGUCGAUUGAGAAUCGAAUUCCUGUGUCUAUGACUGUUGUACAACCUCAAUCAGAGCCACAAGAAAACGAUAUUCGCUUGACACCAUAUCUAGCGGCCAAGCCGCAUCGACGCAAACGUCCCAAAGACGAGCUUAAUUACCUUCGUGCAACUGUGGCUCAUUUGGAAGCGCAACUGAAGAAACUCAAUCAGUCAACGAAACGAGAGUUUUUCGUUGGUAAUAACGGUAGCGAAUUGUUUGCGCGCUGGAAGCAGGUUGCUGAAAGACAAAAGGAUGAAGCAAACAAGACGGUGAUUGAAAAUCUCAAAUUACGUGCGAUGUUGAAGGCUCAACUCGAAAUUGCACAUCGACUCGAAAGUGCCAUUACUGAGCAACAAAACGAAGCGAUGACAUCCGCUAGUCCAUGGAAUUCAUUCAACGUUGGAGGACUUGAUGUCCAUGCGCCUUACGAAAACACUGGUAAUCGCCCGCGCGCACCAAGUAUCACAGACGACUACUUGUUUGCAGAGCUGAAUGACACGCUUGAGGAACAGUAUGCUCAAGUUGAUGCCGUGCUGGAAGCAAGCGGACUUGCGAAUGUCAAUAGCGAAUUUUUAAGUAAAAUUCAGCCCAAGCAAGAUGCCAAAGGUAUUUUAUUUUCUUACAGAGAAGUCCGUCUGUUGCCAUUCUCCAUGGUCACUGUGGCUCGAGUUUUGUGGUCAUUUUUGCUUCUCAAUAGUGGCGAUUUACCCGGUAGCAUUCAGACUCGUAUCCUCAGCGAUGACCAUAUAAAUAUUACGUUCGUCGACACGAUCCAGCUUUCUAAAUCCCGUAACACAAAAGUGAAUACUCGACUUGCCUUACGUCGAUUUAGUGAGGCGAAUCGCGUCGUGGUCGUUUGGAGUAGCUAUUUGGAGAUUGCAGGGUCUGUUUUCGUGCGUCUUCGUGAAAAAGGAUUUAAUGUCACUUCGACUUUUAACUUUCUCGGUGGAAGCGAUGGUAUCUCUUCUCUAGGCAGUAUCCUGCGUGCUGUGGUCGAUAUUAAGCCCGAGAGGGUAGUUUUCAAGACCGGAAGUGACGCUAAAAGUCAUUUUGAAGAAAUGACCGACCUCAUUCUCAACACGUACCAUCGCAAUUUUGGUUUGAUCAAACAAUUGAUCGAAAACCUUCUUUUGAACGAUCUGUUAGCUACUUCGGCUUCAUGA